AUUUUGCACAUAAGUCGUUAUAAUAUUUGAAAUAGUCUUAAGAGUGAACACGUUGCGGAUAUGGCUCUUUAGUAGUUUAUUCAAUUAAAUAUUAACGUGAGUAAUCCAAUACAUUUGCCGUUAUUUGACCACUUGGCAACUGUGGGUAUUAUUACAGUGUUGGUGGCCACAAUUAAAAUCUCCACAUUAAUAACACAUAUUUAAUGAGUUUGGUAGACACAAUUUAUUUGGUUUCUUGUUCGCAUACAGGACAUAUGUACCGCAAAAAGUCUUUUAUGUAAGCCGUAACCCUAACAAUAAGACUUUGAGAAAAAACCGUUCAUCAAUCAAAAUUGAACGUUUAAUAAUUUCUAUAAUGUAUGUAUUCUCACCGGGAAAGGUGCCUGUGCGUAUAGCAGUAUUAGACUCCAUGGCAACAAACAUUCUUCGUUGUAAUGUAUUAGCCGUGUAGAUUGGGGAGUGAAAUAAUGUAUAAUAUGUAUUUUAUUAUAGUAAAACGUACACUCUUUGAACUUGUUAUUUCUACGAAAUUUAACAGUAAUGUUUGUUACAUAAUAUUUUCUUAAUUUAUCGUUGGUAAAAUGUGCGCAAACUAUUGCGUUUGUAUUACUACGGUUGUUUGUAAUUUUUUUGAAAUCGUUUGAUGUGAUCAAUUCUAAUUAAACUACCGUAACGUCAUAAAAGUACAUUAGACAUGACAUCUCAAGUGUCGUCGAGUAGGUCAAAUGGAACUUUAUCACAUCCGAGUAAAGGUUCUAUAAUUGACCGCCCAAACAGUUGUUCCAACAAAAGCUUAAUGCAUGAUAAAUCGUGUCCCGUGCACUCAAGAUUUACAUCGUACAAGACUAUUGGACAAUGUCAUGAUAAAAUGGAAGAGCUCGAAAGGCAAAAUAUUCGUCUAAUUUCAAAGGUUAAAGUCUUAAAAUACCAACUAAAAACGGCGUCUGUCUUGUAUACUAAUAUUCACCAGAGACCCGAGAAACCAUUAACUAGACAUUCUCAAAGGUCAACGCCAGUCAAGAUGCAGAAAAUAUCUAGAUUAUCUAGAGUAGAUUUUGAAGAUGAACCUAAAAUUUCUACACUUCCAGACAGAAAAUUCGAAAGUACAGAAUCGUUUGAUAGCGAAAAUAGUCUGGUAGAAAACAAAAGUAAACUUAGAGAAAACAUUGAGCUUAUUCAUUCUCACAGAGUUAUAAAGAGCAUGGAAAUAAAAAUAGAGAUGUUACAGGCCCAGUGUAAAGCUUAUGAACAAAAUCUUAUAGACGUCAACGAAUUGUUUCAAAAGGAAAAAGUCGUUCACGAAAAAUUAAAAGAAGAAUAUAUCAAGGAGAGUCAAAAGUUUAGUGAAUUGAAACCUAAGCUUAAUGCAUAUAAAGAGACGAACAAAGCACUGGAGGAACAAAUUCUGGAUUUGCAAAAAGAGAAAAUAUCACUACGAGAACAUAAUCAAAAACUUCUUCAGCUAUCUUCAAAACCACAAUCAAAUAAUAAUGGAAUAAAGCUAAAAGAAUUAGAAGACAACUUUUCGGACUCCCGAAUUAGCCUUUUGAAGCAAAUGGAAGAGAAUAGCAAAUAUAUAGCCGAAUUAAAGGGUACCAUAAAUGUCAUGGAAAGUAGAAUUAGUAACUACCUUGAUGAAAAUGAACAGUUAAAAAAUCAGAAAUUAGAAACAACAAGAGAACUGGAGAUAAAAGAAAAGAAAAUAAUCGAAAAGAAAAAUGAAAUUGAGGAAAUGAGGAAAGAAAGUUUGAAAUUAAAAGAAAAAUUGGAAGCUAGUCUUAAUGUAUUGAUACCAAAUGACGUUAAAGUGUGUUCAGUUCAAAACGGUUCGGACACUGAAGAUAAAAAAUUGAAAAGUCAAAUCCAAGAUCUUCAUCAAGAACAAACGAAAAUUAACCAAGCCCUAAAUUCUCAGUCUUACUUAAAUACUAUAUUAAAAGAAAAAGUUGAACAGUCGGAGUGUGAUCUAAAGGUAGCUACACAAAUAAUGAAGAUUCUCUUAAAUUUGUUUAUCAACAUAUCGUCGUUGAAUAUUUCUGAGCCUCUCAUAACUACCAUAGAAAUGAUCGAAAAGUCCGUGAGUUUAAUGAAAAAACAUUUCGACGUCAACAUAGAAAACAAAGAUUUUGAAGAAGUGAUAAAAAGAAUGUUAGAGGUUCUGAUUGGCUUCAGAGAUCAAAUGUUUAAGACACAAACUUCGUUUCAUCAAGCACAACGGACAAUAAAACCCACGGUCAAUAUUGUAAGCUUUCCGUCUAGUGAGUCUAGCUGCACGACUGAUCCGACUCCAAACAAUACGGCACAACUAGAAAUUCAUAUUGACAGUUUGAGUUUUACCGUUGAAAGUCUUCAACAUUUGAAGUCAAUUCAUCUUGAACCAAAUGUAUUUCUAACGUGGGGUUUUAAAGAUCAAGAAGACGUUGCCUAUUCACCUAGCAGACUGGCUUGGGCAACCGACUUCAAUUGCAGUUGUUUUUAUCGCAGCACUAACAGUGCAGAACUCUUACACUUUGUCACCAAGCAUGGUUUAUUUGUAAACGUGCACUUGGUCAGUGGCAAAGACUCACCAGUUGUCGCUACCGGAUUGCUAAACACUGCAGAUUCUAUAAACAACCCAAUGGUGAAAUUCAAUCUGAUCGUUCCGAUUAAAGGGGAAAACGUAGACGCUAAACUGAAAUGUUCAUUCCAGCUCUUUUGUGACUCCGAAGACAUACAAAAAUAUGGGACCCGUUUAUACAAUAUUGACAGCAAUAACUAAUUCGCUAGCGCAAUAUUUUUUUAUGUAGAAUCCGGAUUUAAAUUCUGUAGGAUUUCUAUUGAAAAUACCACAACUUAAGCGUUAAUUUAGAGCUUACAUGUUUCUCGCGAGUGUCGUAACUUAUCAUAUUAUAUACUGUGUUGAGGGUUAAUACAAUUUAUACUUUUAUUGUGAUAUUAUUUUUAGUAAGACAUAUAUUGUAGUAUUAUGAAACUAAAUCUAUAAUUACAACAAUUAUGAUGACCCAUUCAGUACAUCUUAGCCAGUUCAUAAAUUACGUUUUUGUGUAAAAUUAAUAGGUGAACGGUCUCGAGAUGAACUGGGUGGGUUAAACGAUCAGAAAGUAAUAAUUUAUAAACAAUUAUUUUAUUAUGUAUACGGCAAAUAAAUGAUUUUUUUUUAAUUACGUUUUUACGAUUUCCAAUCGACAUUUCUUACCUAAAAUAUGAAAUAUUACCUUUUUAUUUCCAUUUUAAUUUGUCAGUCGACUGUUCGAGGUUUAUAUGUAAAAAAUGAAUAAUAAUUGACGAUUAUAUACUAAUCCUAUGGAAUAUGUUUAUACGUGUAAAUAACUAUAAAUGCAGCAUUGGAGACUAAUUACAUGAAUUGAUUCGCUAGUAAAACAUUAUGACUAUAAUUAUCAAAACUUAU